GAGAAAAAACCGCGGCGGCCGCUGAACAGCCGGCGACGAAGGCAGAGUAUUCACCUCCCACUCUCCGAUCGUCCAACGACUGAACUCGAAGAAGAAUCAAUUUCGAGACUCCCAGGUGACAAUCUCUGAAAAGAUGUUCCAUUUCACCUCGAGGCUUUGCAGAGGUUUAAAUCUGAAGGAGCUCGUCACUAGUGCCCCUAUCUAUGAAACCUUCACCGGUAAACCUUUCAAUCUGAUUCCAUUUCAGUUCUCUUUAGCGUGUGUAGUAGUAGUUCAUCGGACGGAAAAUAGUACUAGUACUACAAACCAAAGUGAUUAGGACAUAUGUACUAAUGUAGCUUGAUUAUAUAUAAAUGUAUGCGGAGAAUGUUUCAUAUUUUAUGAAGUUUGUUUGUAUUCAA